GUUCAUGACUUCGGCUGGCCAGAUAUGCACGCUCCUCCUUUGGAUAAGAUCUGUGCCAUGUGCAAAGUCAUGGAGAACUGGCUGAACUCUGACCCCCAGCAUGUGGUCGUUCUGCACUGUAAGGGCAACAAAGGAAAGACGGGUGUUAUCAUUGCUGCCUACAUGCAUUACAGCAAGAUAUCAGCAGGGGCAGAUCAGGCCCUCAGCACAUUGACCAUGAGGAAGUUUUGUGAAGAUAAAGUGUCAUCCUCUCUCCAACCCUCUCAGAACAGGUAUAUCUAUUACUUCGGAGGCCUGCUCUCAGGGGCCAUCAAAAUGAACAGCAGCCCACUCUUCCUCCAUCAUGUCCUCAUUCCUACCAUCCCCAAUUUCCAGGAAGACGGAGGUUUCUUCCCUUUCCUGAAGAUCUAUCAGUCCAUGCAGCUUGUCUACACUUCUGGCAUAUAUGACGUGCAGGGCUCUGGGAGCAGACGGCUGAUUGUUACUAUUGAGCCUGCACUGCUGCUGAAAGGAGACAUCAUGGUUAAAUGUUAUCACAGACGGGUUCAGUCUGCUGAGAGGGACUCUGUGUUUCGCCUGCAGUUUCAUACGUGCACCAUUCAUGGUGCUCAGCUCUGGUUCGGCAAAGGGGAACUGGAUGAAGCUUGUUCAGAUGACAGAUUUCCCUCAGAUGCCACAGUGGAGUUUGUGUUUUCAUCUGGGCCUGAGAAAAUCAAAGGGAGGGCGAGCCAGAGGAAUGAUCCAGCUGUCAGCGUUGACUAUAACAUGAAUGAUCCUGUGGUGCGCUGGGAUUCUUAUGAGAACUUCAAUCAGAGACAUCAGGACAGCCUAGAGGAUAUCGCACACACACAUGGGCCUCUAGAUGGCAGCCUGUAUGCACAAGUAAAAAAGCGUUGUGCUGCAGGCUCCACCUCCCUGCCUUACACCAAUGGAAGCCCUGCAAGGAGUUCUGAGGAGAGGCCAAGUCAGCUUCAGUCUGUUAGUACUGAUUCUGGACACUCAUCUGUGCCACCUGGCCAGCUCGAUGAACCGACUCGACAGGCCCCGCCUACUCAGCAAGAGAGGGAGGAGCUUGAGCGUCUGCUGGGUGGGAUUGAAGGAGAUGGAGGGAGGGAUCGUGACCGAGAGACGGCCAUUUUGGAUGACUGCGAUUCCUUGCCUCCUGAAAGGACUGGGUCACUGAGGUUAGGCCGUUCAUGCUCAUGUCGGGUGGGCUAUAGAUCCCAGCGUUGUGCUGAGCCUGGAUGCGAUGGACUCCACCACUUACCUAAUGGAUACUGCCUUGAUCGUCCCACCAACACUAAUGGACACACGGGGGCUCCUUCUCCAGGGAUGCCAUCUGUCAUUGGGCUUUGCCAACACCACAGUGCCAAUCCUCACCAAUCCCUGCCACCACCAGAUCUUCUUUGGGACCGUCAACAAAGUUCACAGCUCUACCUUCAUCGCACUUGCACAGAGGGGCCAUCACACCACCUGUGUCCAUAUCCAUCCCAAGAGAUCAGUCCACCUCCACAUAGUCUGAAUCCCCGACUGCUCUGUAGGGCGGACGAGUACAUUCCAUACCCCCACCAUCACCACAGUCAUCCACACCACCAAAAACCCAGCGGACCCUACCACGAUGUCAUGAUGAUAGAUAGCCUAGUGACACCCAGCUGCCCCUGUCGAGACUGCUGUCUACGGCGAGAAGAUUUCCGCACCCUCCAUUUGGACAGAGAGGAGGGCAUACACUGGGAAAGGGAGGCAGAGCUUCACCGGGAUAUUGGGUUAAGACGGGGCAGAGAGGCUGAUAUGCAAAGAGGGGCGGAGAUAUGGGACCAGGAGUCAGGGCUAAGAAGGGGCAGAGAAAUGCCUCUGCAGUGGGACAGAGACCGAGAAGCAGAACUACAGUGGGAGAGAGAACAAGAGGCAGAAUACUGGCACAGAAGGGCUACCGUAUCCCCCUACGGGCCUCACGGUCAUGAAUUACCAGCAUUUAAUGUUGAUCCACUUCCCGCAGGCCAUCCUGCAUAUCCAGAACCCUCCCGGUCCCACUCUCAUGCCCAUCUGGAUCUCAAGUACAGCAGCAGUUCCAGUGGAUAUCAAACACCACACCAGACCUGCCCCUGCUCCCCCUACCAGCCUUCACCCUCAGAGAGUCGCGGCUAUGCCUCGGAUUACCAGUCUGAGUCCACGUCCCCUCUUCCCCCUCCCUCCGCCUCCUGCCCUGGCCCAGUGCACCAUGGCAGCGGACCUAUAGAUAACCAAACAGACUCCCACCCUCAGCAGUACACCUCUGAAGCAACAGCUUGGCGUAGUCACAUUACCCAUGGUUCCCUACGGCGGACACAUCAAGAUCCAAAUGCCCCAUGUUCAACACCCUCUGAUAUUUCAGGACCUCCAACACCAGUCCACACAAGCAGUCCUUUGCAAUUCCAGGAAAGUCCUAGCCUGAGUGUCCAUGAGUAUGACUCAAGAGAUGUUAACAGUGAAAGCAGCUCAGCCCACUCCCACAACAGGACGCAUCCACUUGCCCUACAGUCAAACAGUACCAGUCCUGGGUCUCGGCAAGCUGUACUUUCUUCCAGUCAAGAGAUUCCUGAGAUACACCCCUUUCCUGCCACACCCACCACUGCCCAAAAUCUCUCUGCCCCACUUACUACACAUCCCGCCCAACAAAGCUCAGAAGAACACUGCGCCCCUUUAACACCUCCAUCAGAAUCCAUCCAACCACAGACAAACAGCUCGCCAACUGCUGCUACGGUGCCACCCACAGGGGUAAUGGUACCACAAUCAACUAUUAAAGCAGCACCCAUAACUGACCUCUCUUCUCACAUCCCAUCUGAGUCCAUCCCAGCUGACUUGCAGAGCAAUGGAGUAUCACCAUCUCCUGAACCAGACACCACUUCUGCUUCUUCAGUCCCUGCUUCCCCUCAACCACCCACUGGUGAACAUGAGAGCUCAUCCUCCCCUGAACCCCCAGUGCCCGGAUUUGCCACGCUGGGCAGGAAGCUGAUGUUGGGCUCUGAAACCUCACUUCCUGCGGGACACAGUAUGGAUGGCAGCCCCAGCUCCACUCCCACCUUCCCUGUCUCUCCUGUCUGCUGCACCCCAUCUCCUCCACCAGGCUCCUACUCGGGGUGCCCAACCACCUCCAUCCCACAGCCUCCCCUCCCCGAGAAACGCCGCCCAUCUGGCCUGCCAGGAUCACCCAACGGGAGGUCUGGAAUGCUGAGGGGGUCCAUGAGCCAUCAGCCCUCUGGGCAACACCACGUUACCUUCUCCCCUUCAGUAGGAGAGCUGACCAUGCCCGCUGGACAGGGUGAAGUUGUUGUGGAGGAUGAGAUGGGCAGCCGUGUCAGUGUGAAAUUUGUUCAGGACAGCUCUCGUUUUUGGUAUAAACCUGGUAUCUCUAGAGAGCAAGCUAUUGCAGCACUGAAGGAAAGAGAGCCAGGGGCCUUCCUCAUCCGAGACAGUAACUCUUUCCAGGGGGCCUACGGUCUGGCCCUGAAAGUUGCCAGCCCACCCCCCAACGUCAAUAACCAUAGCAGCAAAGCAGGAGGAGACCCUCUGGAACAGCUGGUUCGACACUUCCUGAUUGAGACAGGGCCUCGAGGAGUGAAGAUUAAGGGCUGUCAAAAUGAGCCCUACUUUGGGAGUCUUUCAGCACUGGUGUAUCAGCAUUCCAUUACACCAAUCUCUCUGCCCUGUGACCUCCGCAUCCCUGAUAAAGACCCAAUCGGUGAAGUCGUGGAGGUUCAGCCUGUCAGUAACAUGAGUACAGCUGCAGACCUUCUGAAACAGGGAGCAGCCUGCAAUGUGCUGUACCUGAACUCAGUUGAGACCGAGUCUCUCACGGGACCCCAAGCUAUCGCUAAGGCCACAGGGGCCACAAUGUCACGCAGCCCUCGGCCCUCUGCGACAGUGGUUCACUUUAAGGUGUCUGCCCAGGGCAUAACACUGACAGACAGUCAGCGCAGGGUGUUUUUCAGGAGACAUUAUCCAGUCAGCAGCGUGACUUUCAGCAGUGUGGACCCACAAGACAGGAGGUGGACUAACUCAGACAGCACGACCUCUAAAGUGUUUGGUUUUGUUGCCAAGAAGCCCGGCAGUGUGGCGGAGAAUGUGUGCCAUCUCUUUGCAGAGCUGGAUCCCGAACAGCCGGCGACCGCCAUCAUCAACUUCAUUAACAAAGUAAUGCUGGCUCCACAGAGACGCUAGGGCCCCGGGGACGAGGAGGAUGCCUCAUCUUCACGUACACUGCCACACAUCACAAGACUGUCAUUUUGCACCUUCUGUCAAGUUCAAGGGUUUCAUGACAUCAUAACAUUUUUGGCAAGGACCAAGGCUUUACUGUUGACUAACAUGAUGCCAAAACACAUUUAAACCAAAAUAUACAGAAUGUAACCAAACUUAAGCCAGCAGUCUGUGGUGGUUUUGCCUUUUUAGAGCUGUUUUGGUGUUCACAGGAUUGUAAGUCACUUGUAAAUGAGGAUUGUUACACAGCCGAGGCAGCAGCACAAAAGCACUGUUACUGACCCAUGAAUAAAAGAAAUCUGUUAAAUGCAUUCAGACUUACGAACUGCACAGAGAACAGUCGCUGCAAUAUGACAAUCAUCAGUUUAUGAAUAUUGAUUUCAGUUUGGUUUUAGGGUUUUGACACACUAAAUUAUGGUCGUUUUUUUUUUUUUUUUGGCCUUUUAACUGGAAAGGAGGUGCCAUUGUUUCUAUUGGAAACUUAUUUCAGCCACAGUUUAAAAAAAAUAAAAUAAAUAGAGGUAAUUGCGACUUUUUAUCUCACAAUUGCGACAUUUUUCUCUUAAUUUUGAGUUAUCUAGCAGUUCAGAGAAAAACAAACAGAGUUGUGAGAUGUUUACAGAAUUCUGACCUCAUAAUUCUGUUUAUAGCUUGCAAUUCUGAGUUUAUAUCUUGCAGCUCUAACUAUUUCUCAGAACUGUGAGAAAAAGGUCAAAAUGGCCAAACUCACAAUUACCUUUUUAUUUUUAUUUUUUAUAAAUCCUUUUGUGGAAACAAGCUUCCAUAGUUUCUGAAUCUGGCCCGGUGUCUGUGAAUGAAAGGGAAAGUUACGUAGCGUUUGAGAUGGAGAAACAGAUGGAGGACCAGACGUGGUGUAGUCGUGAUGCUGAGCAGCUCUUCUGCUCUGCUGGAGUUCCAGAUUUAACUGUCAUGUAGUAUGAUGUCAUAAUGGAAGGCUGAUGGUCAUGUGAUUAUUACCCAGGGAGAAUUUGGUUAACUUUAGAGUAGGAAGAAAGUUUAUUUUUGUCCCCUUUUGUUGUGUAUGUCAUGCACUGUUCGUAAACAGAAUUUAAAAUAAGGCGGACUGUGGUACAUAAUCAUCCACAUUAUGCACAAGACAUCGUAUAUGAACGAUAGCUUUGUCAGCUGACCGUCACGCAUCGUGCUGUACCAUUGCCUACCGUACUGUGUAGUAGAACAUUGUAUUGGAAUGUAACCAGACUUUUAACUGAUUGGACAGAUGGACAUUUCCAUGUUCAUUCUUUCAUAAUGAUCUCCUGAAGCUGUUUAUAACCAAAGACAUGUGGCCAUGUACUCGAUCAGUAACUUUAAGCCGUGCCAUUUAUUUUACUAGCCGGUGUCAACAAGUUAUGACUGUUUUUGACAGAGCAAGACACGUCUAUGACAACUUUAAUAUAUUGGAGUCUGUAUUUUCUUAUUGAUCUUUUUAUGUAGUAAUAUAUUUUCACACAUGCAGCUGACUUUGAAAGUAAAUAGAAAGACUACAUGGAAGGAUUUUUUUUAUUUUUAUUAUUAUUACCAUAUGUAAUUGUUUCAGUGUAUGCAGAAGUGAAAAAUAUAAUAAAUGUAAAGUCAUGGUACCAAA